AUGGCCCGUAACCAGGUUUCCAGGCGCCCAAGACGCCGUGACAGGUGGACUGCGUCGGCAGAAGCGAAAAGAGCCGAAGCUGAAGCUGCAGCUCAAGCUUCAAGCCAAAAGGAGAUCGGGAUGCUGCCGCGUCUCCUUGUGCGCUUGCUUGUGGCCUGUUUAAUUGUGGCAAUCGGAGUGCUGCUGGUGACCACACAGCGGGAGCCGACACCGGCGCCUUCUCCCAGUCGCACGUUGAGCUCCCACGAAGAAGCGCGAGUCGAAGCGAGAGCUACACGUCGAACUGCCGCACGCCCCACCGUCCAAAUGCUGGGCAAGUACCCGCACGAUACCAAGGCGUUCACCCAGGGCUUCACGGUCAUGAACCGCGGUCAGGAAAAGUUUUUCAUCGAAUCGACAGGCUUGAAUGGAGAGUCGACUCUGCGUCACGUGGAAAUCGAAACUGGAAAGGUACUGAAGCAGUACGAUCUGCCCCAGGAGCUCUUCGGUGAGGGUGUGACGCUCGGUCCGAAUAACGAGUUGGUUAUGCUGACGUGGAAGAGCAAAACUGGUCUUGUGUUCGAUCUAAAGGAAGAUGAGGACGGCAAGGAUGGCUUCGCGUUGAAGCGCGAGUUUAAGUUCGACACCGUCACGGGCGAAGGCUGGGGCAUCACUUUCGACGGUGAAGACUACGCGGUCUCGGAUGGUUCAUCGACCAUCAUGUUCUGGAACCCCAAGACGAUGAAGGAGGUCGGGCAUAUCGACGUGUCGAUGUACAAUGGCGCACAGAAGAUUUCCAAUAUCAACGAGCUCGAGUACGCCAAGGGAUUCAUCUACGCGAACGUGUGGUACCAGCCUUACAUCCUGAAGAUUGACCCCGAGACGGGUGGCAUCGUCACCAUGUUCGACUUGUCCAAAUUGGUCGCCGACGCUGGUGUUGACGUGUCUUCUGGCGCCGUGCUCAACGGAAUCGCGUAUGAUGAAGCUGAGGACGCGUUCUACGUCACGGGCAAGCUCUGGGGUUACGUCUACAAGGUUCGUCUAAUAGAUCCUGUUCAGUAG